AUGGAUUCGGAUGUUGACAUGUCCAUCAAUUCGGGCGCGGGUCGCGAAGAGGAACAGCAAGAAAGGUGGUUUGCUUGUGCCGGCUGUGAACGCAUGGUUACAGCUCUUGUUCGACGUGGGCACCCCCACCCGGAGCGGCAUCAUUACUACAGCUACACUCAUUGUUGUCAAGCCUGCGAAGAAGGGCAGGGACAUUCACAAGACGAGUGGGCAUGUGCCAGUGUGCCAAGCUCGCUCUUCCGCAAGAUCAAGUUCGGUUCGCGAGAGCAGCAUUACCUGCUGCACAACCCAAUCGGUCUGAAACCUCUUCCAGUUCUGCUUUUCCUUCAUGGUGCCCACACGUACAUCUACCCGGAGACCUUAUGGUGGGACAUCGAGAAGCUCUUGGAAAACAACCAGACGGUGCGUGAGGAGUUCAUUGUCGUCGCGCCUUUUGGAUCGGUUGGAGAGCCUGUCGUUCAUCCUUCCGAGUGGCUGAAAAGAAAUCGCUUCCAGAUUGAGGAGCCCUACGUAAAGUGUUUUGCUGUCGAGAUCCUUUGGGAGUUCUUCCUUGCGGCUCUGGACGAUCUGGGCAGCAGAGCAGAUCUCUCCCGUUUGCACGUCACGGGCUACAGCAUGGGAGGGCAAGCGACUUGGGCCUUGGCUUCCCGCUAUGGCUCACUCCUGGCCUCAGUUGCACCGAUGGCUGCUUGCUGCGCUUGGCCCCAGGACGGCUGGGAACAGGAGGAGUCCAUCUUGGCCGAGCUUGAAAAGCUUCCUUUGUGGUUCUUCGCCGGAGAGGAGGAUGUUCGGACCGUCUGCUGGCGGGAUUUCUGGUGGUUGGCUGACAAGCGUGGCCUCCCAACGGAAGCAGCAACUCAGGACAUUGUCGUGGAAGGGAAGACAGUCUCAGCCACGCUCUACAGUUGGGCACCGCAUCUUCAUUUGGCUCUGCUGCGUGGGACGCGGACUAGCCACAGCAUGUGGGAUCCUGUUUACCACAACGAGGGCGCUUUCGGGCUCUUCACGAGAAUGAAGGAUGCCAGGUGUGCGUCGGCCAUGAGGUCGUCCGCCGACGGUCGGCGGAGAACACCAGUAGAAUCGCAAAGUGGGUGCCCAGACUAG